CCGAAAGUUUCUGUGAUGACUGCCCUUGUACUGUUCACUAUGUAACUUAUUCAUUAUGUAAGAAUUUGUUCUCCAUGUAAGAACUUGUUUGUUAUGCCUCAGAAGAUUGGAGACUGACGAAAAUUAGGCUUGGGGUGGAUUAAUGAUUGUGCAUUGAGCAUUGACUCCCCUAUACAGAAUUUUAUUGUUGUUAAGAACCAUUUGAUCAAUAAAUAUGAGAGAUGCCCUCACAAAAAAAAAAAAAAAAAAAAAAAAAGGACAGACUUCCAAUGGUAAAAUAAAUAAGUAACCGGGAUGUAAUGUAUAGCAUAAGGAAUAUAGUCAAUAUAUUGUAACAGCUUGGUAGGGUGAUAGCUGGAACCUAGAAUUAUGUAUAUAAAUGUUUUACCACUGUGUUGUACACUUGAAACUAAUGUAAUGUAAUACUGUUCGUCAACUACCCUUCAAUAAAAAAUAAUUAUUUAAAAAAAAAAAAAAAGGAAAAAAAAAAGUUCCACUGUCAGUUUAGAUCUUGUUAAUCUAUACAUGGUAAAUCAGAUAUCUUGCCAUAAGAAAACACCUGAAGCUGUGAGAAAAACCAACCCAUGUGAAUAUGAGCAGAGACAUAAAAAUGCCCCUAGGAAAGCAUGAUUCAGAACUUCCAGUGUAGCCACAUUGUGUACCAUCUAACCUCUGCAUUGAUGAUACAGAAAAUAAUAUACAUCAUCAAAGACUAGGCAGCAAGAAAGAACUUGGCCCAGUUCAGUUGUCACAAGUCAUGGGAUCACACAGAAUGUUCGAACCUCAGUUCAACAGAAUAGAAAACUGCAGUUUCACUCCAUCAUCUUUUUCAGCAGAAUUAUCUUCUAAUAGACAUAAUACAGAACAAAAUUUCAUUCCCAGUAUAGCACCUAGUCCUCAGAAAGCUGCGUAUGAAGAAAAGCAGAAUGAGCAGCUCAGUAAUGUUAAUUAUUCUAAUUCCUUGGUUUCCAAAUUAAAUGAAAAUCAGGAUACUCUCAGUCCAUCAUAUAAAACAGCACAAUUUGGAAUGUUGUUUGAAAGAUUUAACAGUCCAGGAAAUAGGAAUUUCCCAACUGGAAGACCUGCAGUAGUGAUGGAAGAGAGAAGACAGUCAGACUUCAUUAGUGAAAAACGAUCAGUACAACAUAUGUGGGGAGAAAAUAGAAAAAAGGCUUUACAUUUUCUUGAAGAUGUGAACCAGCCAACCCCCAGGCUUCUGUCAGAGAAUUGUGACUCUUUUAUUAGUGCAAAUGUGAUCAGUUUAUUAAACAUAGUUCAGCAGAGAAUAAAGAAUACCUUCGACAAGUGUGGUUAUGACAGUAUGGGAGAUACUUGUGCAAUCACUAGUUCUGAUAAAAGCAGUUCCACUGAUGGAUGCAUUGAAAGUAUUUUUACAGAUCCAGGAUUGAAUUUUACUAAUUCUACUUUUAAUACAAGUUAUCCAGAAGAGUGCAAUCCAAACAAGAGCCAUCAGGAGUACAGCAGUAAUGAAAGAAGUGCCCUUAAUACAUCUUCUGAGGGUUGUUACCCAGCCAGUUCUCAAAAAAAGGGAAAAUUUGAAAGUGAUCAAGAGAAGACACCACAGGAAAAAAUUUGGCAAUAUCCAGUGAACCAUAUGGGUGAUACUCCUUUGGAAGGAUUGCAUUCCAAGCAAUCAUUGGAUUUUCGACCUGGUGAGAUUCUGAUUGAAGGAGGAGGAGCUUGUUCUUUAAAAGGCAGGCCAACAUCUUCUAAGAAAAUAUGUCAGUGAAACUAUAAGUGGAUUUUAUUCUUUUUAAAAAACUAACACUA